UACCGAUGAGGAGAAGACUAUGGAUUACUGGCGAACAAUAGCAGUUAACAUACAUGAAGUUUGCUACACGUCACCUCCACUUGUAGCACCAAUAGCCACUGUUGGCGCUAAAGAUGCAUCCAAAGCUGAGGAGCAUUCUAGUGGCCCUCUAGAUGCUAAUUUCAGGCUUGCUUGCUUAGAGGCAAAAUUUGAUGAAUUAAAUAAAGAGAUGGCAUCGUUAAGGAAGAUGCUUAGUUCUGUUAUUGACCAACAAAAGCAUCAGGCCGAACAUCAUAUGUGCAGCCAUUCAUCGUCAUCUUCGGUUCGACCAUCAUCCCCCGUGGCACCGUCAUUUGGAGAGCAAGCCGAAGAAUUUGAUGCACCCAUAGACGGUUCCAAUGGUAGGAAGGAGGAUGAUGAUUGUACUACACCGUUUGAGCCUAUUGUACCUGGAGGACCCUAUGUGGAGGAUUCCUGGGCUUUGGUGCCAUAUCGGCCUUUGCAUUUCAGGUGGGAUAUCGGUGCUUCAGCUGACAGUCCACAUCAUGACCAUCAGCUGAGAUUGAGGUGGAAGAUUGGACGCAUAACGUUGGUGAUACAAGCCGAUUCGGUAGAGUUUACCACCAGUCACAUCACGUCAUCUCUACUUACACCGACCCGUGUAAAAAGAAGGUCAAAUUUAAUCUUAAUCGACAUAUUGAUGCAUCGAAGGAGAGGGCGUUCGAUGAGUGGUAUAGGGUGGCACCGAAGGAAGCAACCGUGUGUACAUCUUAUAUGACAGUGGGAAAGAAAUUUUUUGCUGAGCUACUUACUUUUGAAGGAUGGUUAAAUUCCGAUGUCAGUUAUAUGCUUUAUGUUCAUGUAAAAUCAUUGUGUUCCUACGUUUGGAAUGAUGUUUUAUUUAUCACCUUGCACUUGUUAUUUACUUCCUUUAAUGUGGUUUUGUAGCAUAUUGACACUAUUUUGUAUUUCAUACGAAAAAGGCGGUUUGAGAAUGAGAAGAUGUUCACCCACACCUAUUCCAUAUUAGACGUGUUA